UUCGUUUCUUCCCUUUCCUCCUCCUCCCUCCCUCCCUUAGUAAUUUCGAGCUUCUGUCCAGUUAAGCCAUGUUGUCUACUAUUCCCGCCAUGCUUCCUUCAGAAACCCUUCUUCAUUUUCCGGCUUUCGAUCCCGGGUUCAACCCCGGGGGCUUUACCCCGUGGGAGUCGGAACUUUGUCCGGCUAUCAAGUAUUCCCCCAAACCCGUAAUCUCCAACCCCAGUUCAGAUGCUGACCAAACCCCAUCCCCCAAUCCGGUCAUUUCCAGCUCCGGUUCGGAUGACGACCCAAACCGGCCGGGCCGGUCCGGCCCAGACCAUGCGAAGUCAUGCCCGAUUAACGGCUCGAAGCGUACGGUGUCGGUUUCGCCGGUGGACGAGCGGAAGCGGAGGCGGAUGAUAUCGAACCGGGAGUCGGCGAGGCGGUCGAGGAUGCGAAAACAAAAGCACAUAGAAAACCUAAGGACACAGGUCAACAGGCUUAGAAUUGAGAACCGGGAACUGAACAACCGGCUCCGGUUUGUCAUUUACCAUUUUCAGAGGGUACAUACGGACAACGAUAUGCUCCGAGCCGAGCACACGAUGCUCCAACAGAAGUUAUCGGACAUACGCCAAAUUUUGGUUUUCCGGCAACUCCAGCACAUGUCAUCUGCAUGGCCAUGCGAUACCGUUAUUACAGAACAAACGCAUCACUAAUCACGUAAUUGAUGAUAUUUAUAAUCGAUAUAAACGUCAUUAAUUUUCCGUAAAACGAAAAAUCAAAGAGCCAUCCCUCUCUUCCUCUCGUCAUUAUCUAGAUUGCUCUGUAAAUUAUAUAUAAAUUAAAGCUGCUAAAGUGAAUGAGUGGGGUAGGUCUUUUUGGUGAUUUUUGGCAACAAAAGUGGGUUUGGAAAAUGAUGGUUUUUCUUGUGGAGACCCUGGGGGUUACUAUAUUAUAUAUUUUGUAAAAAAAAAAAAAUUAGCCAAUUAUGUUUUGUUUGUGGAAUCAUUUUGUA